AAUCCGCAAAAACAAAUGUAAACAAUACUUACCUCUCAAAUGUUCCUCCUAAAGGUCAGGAUUAUAAAUAUUAUCAAGAAAAGUACGCCAUAGCUCAGGAAUUCAUUUCUGGCUGGAGUAACUGUAUAGAUGACAUACAAGAUUUUCAAAAAAAGUAUGAUGAGCUUGAAAAGCUUUUUGAGGAUUCAACUCAGAAAAACAACGAUACUAUGAAAAAAACCCUUGAUCGACUUUUGAAAUUGAACUUAUCAGAUGGACACUUAUAUUCCUAUUUUUAUAAAUGUUUCAAACCAUUCUUUUGUUGCAAUUUUGGUUUUUUCUCAAAAGCUAACACAAUAAUUCAAUUAGAGAAUAUUUUCAAUGAAUUAAGGAAUAAUCUGAACAAACAUCAAGAAGACAUCACUGCAUCCAAAGAUAAAAUUAGAGAAUAUUGUGAAAUUCUUCAUAAAACAGUACUCCAGAUUAAUAGGGUACGAAUGGGUAGGACUCCUGCAUAUAGUAAACAAGCACAACAAUGUCCAGUAUGCAAUAAACAAUAUGUUUUUAUUAAAUGGUGCAAGUUUUGUGAUUGUGAAGAGUUUCAGAAGCAGUUCUCUAGUUGGGAGGCUGGCCGUUCAGAAUUCGAUAAAAUUAUCAGGGAUUCUCAGCUUUAUAUCAAGUAUCCCAAUGUAUAUAUACAAUGGAUUCCUUAUGAAAAGUUUUCUAAUAUUGAAUUUGUGGGUAAGGGUGCAUUCGCAAAGGUUUAUAAAGCAGAUUGGGUUGAAGGACUUGGCGUCUGGGAUUACGUUCUUGGCAAAAGAGUUCAAUAUCCGAACACACCUGUAGCUUUAAAAGAACUCAAUAAAUCAACAAUUAUAAGCAAAAACUUCCUUGAAGAGGUCAUCGCCUAUAUCAAGUCAUCCUCUAGCACAGUACUUCGUUGCUAUGGUAUCUCAAAAAAUCCCGAAACUAAUGAAUAUAUUAUGAUAUUUCCUUACGCACAUGGAGGUAAUUUAAGAAAUUACAUGAAAAAGAGAUUAAAUUGGGUAAAUAAGUUGGAUAUUUUACGACAUAUAUUAUUUGGACUGUCUGAUAUACAUGCUAGAGGACUGGUUCAUCGUGAUUUGCAUCCGGGCAAUCUUCUCCAUUAUAGAAGGACCAUAUCUAUAUCUGACUUGGGCCUUUGUCGGUAUUAUCCUUUCAAUAAUCGUAAUUAUGACGAAUACUUGAUUAAAGAAAUAUGUGAAGAAACUUACCCGCUUCGUCCGAAAGUUCUCGGGGGAACACCUCCGGAUUACGAGAUAUUGAUGCGAAAGUGUUGGGACGCAGAUCCCAAUAAACGUCCAACUACUAAAGAGCUGUAUCAAAAAAUAUUAUUUUGGCUUAAUGAAUUCAAUAAAAGUCCCUUACCCGAAAUUGUAAACCAAUUUAUAACUGGCAAUUCGGAAAUAUCAGAUGAGACAUACACUUUUAACAAUAACCAAUUUGCAAGUAAACUUAUCACUGUAAAAGCUGUUAAAGAUCAUAUACUUAAAGAUGAUAAGGUUGUGGACAUAAACGUUGUAGACAGUGUUAAUAAUGGCGAUGAAUCUGAUGAAUGGAAUACACUUCAUGUUAAUGACUACCAAAAUUGGUUAUACGAAUUUAACCUCAUGCGUGAUUAUUCCGAAGAAAAAAUUGCAUCAAUCGUCACUAAUAGCAUUCCACAAUUAGAGUUUAAUGAGAUACGAGAUACGAGCACUUGA